CAGAACUGCAAUGACGUUACCUAGCGGGACAUUUACAUAACAACAAAUGAUGCCCCUGUCAGACUUUGUCGUGGCAUUAAAGGAUAAUCCAUAUUUUGGAGCAGGCUUUGGAUUGGUUGGUGUAGGUACAGCCUUGGCUUUGGCUCGGAAAGGUGCCCAGUAUGGAAUGAUUGCUUUCCGGAGACACUACAUGAUCACUUUGGAAGUGCCCAGCAGAGAUAAAAGCUACCAGUGGCUGCUUAGCUGGAUUUCACACUAUGCAAAACGGACACAGCACUUGAGUGUGGAGACGUCCUAUCUGCAGCAUGAUAGUGGACGUAUCAGCACCAAGUUUGACUUUGUUCCUAGCCCGGGAAACCAUUUCAUCUGGUACCAAGGGAAGUGGAUACGGAUUGAGAGAAACAGAGAAAAACAGAUGAUUGACUUGCACACAGGCACACCCUGGGAGUCUGUUACUUUCACUGCAUUGGGUAGCAACCGGAACAUCUUCUUCAACAUCUUAAGUGAAGCAAGAGAGCUUGCUUUACAGCAACAGGAAGGAAAGACAGUGAUGUACACUGCUAUGGGUUCUGAAUGGCGACAGUUCGGAUUUCCAAGACGACGACGCCCUUUACGUUCUGUGGUACUGGAGAAGGGGGUAGUAGAAAAGAUCGUACAAGAUGUCAUGGAUUUCAUUAGUACUCCCAAAUGGUACAUCGAGAGAGGUAUUCCAUAUAGGAGAGGAUAUUUGCUGUAUGGUCCUCCAGGCUGUGGAAAAAGCAGUUUUAUCACAGCUCUUUCGGGGGAAUUGCAGUACAGUAUCUGUCUCAUGAGUCUCAGUGAUCGCAGCCUCUCAGAUGACCGACUAAAUCACCUUCUCAGUGUUGCCCCUCAGCAGAGCAUUAUUCUCUUGGAGGAUGUCGAUGCUGCUUUUGUCAGUAGAGACCUGGCUGCUGAGAAUCCAUCAGCGUACCAAGGAAUGGGACGCCUUACUUUUAGUGGUUUACUCAAUGCUCUUGAUGGUGUGGCUUCUACUGAGGCCAGAAUUGUCUUCAUGACUACCAAUCACAUUGACAGGUUGGACCCAGCUUUAAUUCGUCCAGGUCGUGUUGAUGUAAAGCAGUAUAUUGGCUACUGUUCCCACUGGCAGCUUGCACAGAUGUUCCAGAGGUUCUACCCUGACCAUCCAGCCUCUUUGGCAGUGGAGUUUGCUCAUACGGCACUGGCAGUUUCAAAUCAAAUCAGUGCUGCUCAAGUUCAGGGGCAUUUUAUGUUGUAUAAACUGGAUCCAACAGAAGCUGUGAAAAAUGUGGAACGUAUUAUUCAUUGAGAAAAUACAAAGCAUUUAUUGUGUACUGAAGGAAGAAUACUGUAGUUAACCAAAUGAAUGCAGUGAGAAACUGUCACUACAGUUGUUCAAGUAGAAGAAGCACCAGAUACAAUUAUGUCUGAAAUAUAGUUGGCACUGAAGAAAGAGAGUACAAAGACCCAGUGGAUAUAUCCAAUCAGCAAACUUGCAUAAAAAAUACAUUGAAUAUGGUGUACAUAUACAGCACAGCAUGGUGUAACUGACUAGAAAUGGUGUUCAGUGCUCAUUUGUAGGUUCUGAUGCACUGCAGCUUCACUUCAGUUUGGUUAUGGACUACAUUAUUGUGGCUAUGGGAGAGCUUGGCUACUGCCCUCAUUGUCAUAGUUACAACACAUCUAGAAGCGCAAUUGGGGAGAUAUUACUUCUGCUGCUUGGCGGCUGCAUGAUCGUUUUUUUUAAUUCCCUCACCAUCAAGGGACAAUGCCUGGCAGUGUCACUACCUGCACCCAGUUGACCCAUUUGUUCUCUGUGAGUGGACGCUGGGGAUCCCCAGGCUAGGCCAGAGUCAUAUAACCCAUUUAUUUAUGCCCAAGAUGGUCUGUCUGCACAUUCUUUUCCCAAGAGGAGAGAGUUGGGUGGUAGUAGAGAGCAGGUCAUCUAAUUGGUUCCUCAAAGAAACUGUAUCCCUAGCCUGCAAGCUCACCAUAGCCGUCUGAUCAAGGGAGGAGUGUGUGUUCCCACUCACAUCUAUCCAGUGGCUCAGCAGGUAAGUUUCUACAUGAUGUAGUGCAAGACAAUAUGGCAACUGUAGGUAGGUGAUGCAUCCAGCAACCCAUAGUUGUGGCCAGAGCCUAAACUUCCCUGCGAAUGAGUAAUCUGGCUUUGGCCAUUCAAGCUUAUCCUCCUCCCAUCGAAACCCCAGUGCUGCUAAUCCAGCACAGGUUGUCAAGGAUGUAGUUGGGGAUUCAUCCCUGUAUGCCUCAGAAACAGCUGGGAGCUACCAAUAAUCUUGAAGACUUUAUACAUGAAGAAAGAUUGUCAUUCUUGACAGUGCAGAAAUGGUGAAGGUAUUGAGUACUUUGAUGCCAGAACUGUUAAAUAGGUACCUAUUACUUUUAUGUAACAGAGGUAGUUAUCUAACCUACUGAGAAACCCAGCUUAUGUGUAAAAGAUUGACAUUGUUAUAUGCAAUUGCUAGUGUGUGUGACUGCUGGGUGUUUUCUCAGAAUAUCAAUUGUAUGCUGUACUUGGGAUUUCUGUUUUCCCCAGGAUGGAGCAAUGCUGAACGUGUCAUGACUAAAUUGCUGGGUUAUAGGGAUGUAGCUCCCCAUGUUGGAGAAGUGGAGAGGGUUGCAUGUCUGUAGAAAUGCUUUUUAUUUAUGAUUAUUUGAUAGUAAGUGGUGUUUGCAUUUCUUUGGAGUUGCUGUUUUGUCAUUGCAGUUCUGUGAGGUGAUCACAGUAAAGUUUACAGCAUGACAGGGAGAGGAGAUAUACCUGUACAGAAAUGGAACAGUAUGUCAAGUAAUGGCUGUUGAAUGUUACUUGUAGCAUAAAGCAGUAAAACUGUAAUUAUUGGAAAUGGUACAAAAAGCUACCUUUCAGAUUAGUGGCGGUCAGUCAUCAUAUUUCUAUGGCACAUUUCUACAACUAAGAGUACCGUGCACUGUUUGAAAUAUAUGAAGAAAAUCUCAUUAAAACAGAAAGCCAGUGGCUGUAUAUUUUGGUUGUACAGAUAUAAGACAGAAUGAUUGUUGAAGAUCUGGAUUUUAAUUUGUAUGUUUAAGGCUGAAACAACAGGACAUUCUCAAAGCUAGUCAUGCAGAGAAUUCUAAAGUAGUGCAUUUAAAUUAAAAAGCUGUAUACCAUCAUUUGUUAAUGACAGCUUAAAAGUCUCCUGCAAGUCAUUGGUGGCUUUAGCUGGGGUGUAGCAGAGAAGGGUAUGUCCCAAAUGGUAAAAAGACUUUGUGCAUAUAAAUACAGUAAAGAUUAUUGUUCACCUAACAAGCAGGUAGUAUAGAAAAAACAGUGGAGUAAUGUGAAUGUCUAGGUAGUCUCCACAGUCUUGUUGGUGUUUUUUUUCAUUUGCUGAAUUCAGACAUGGGUGCGAUUGUAAUGUGUACUGCAUUUCUUCAUCUGGAGUGGCUAUGCACUUUGCUGCCUACAUGAAUUCUCUGGUGGUCUGUAGAGCUUAGACAUAUAGGUUUAAUAUGGUAAUUCUGUGGUCUUCUUAGGGGUAGGUAGGUAGGAAGAGAAUUGUAGCACUGAAAGUGGCAUUAUUCAUUGGCAUACUCCUCAGCAUGUGCUGUCUCAGAACCACUUAUCUGUUGGCUGUCCUUUUCAUAAUAUGUGAUAUUACAGACAACAUGCUGUCAGGGCAGUCCCUUCUAAUUCUCAUUAAUGUUUCUGUUAUAUUCGUCAUUUUCCAUAAUGAAGUCUAUUCCAGAUCCUAUCGUCCUUCAUAGGAUGGUUAGAAAUUUCUUAUUUCUGUUUAUUUUGUUUUUAGCUUUGGAGAAUUUGUAUGCUAUGUCAUAAUCCUUGGCUUCAAAGUCUUCAACUGUGUUUGAGUUAUUGCCAUCCUUAAGAGAGCAGUUCCAGUUCAGAUUUUUCUCAAAUUGUAUCAGAAGAGCCCCUGGGUUGAAGACGGCUUAGCUGCUAUCUUAAGCAUAAGUGAGCUCCCAAGGGUAGAGCCUACCUCAGAUCUGAUGGCCAGUCCUUUGACGAAAGCAGGAUACACUUGCUUACCUAGCCACUCUUCCUCCACUAGUUUAAAGUUCUGGUGUAGUGUAUUUCUAAAGCUUCAGUUUGAGAUAAUUAUGGUUCAUGUGGCUCAUCUGUCAUAGUUUAUGUAAGAAAUUGGUGUUGAAGGCUAUUUUCAUGGAUAGUAGGUGAAGUAGAAUUGUUUAAUUGUAAAAUAUUUGUAAUGUUUCUGCCACUUCACUACUGGACUAAAUAAAAAUUGCAGUUACAAAAGCUUUUACUCUUUUUGAGAUGAAUAACAAGAUUGACUUAACCUCUGCUUGGCUAAUAGUAUCCCAUUAAAAAGCACCAUCUUUUUUUUCUGUAUAAUGGGGUGCCGCUCUGUUAUCUGUUCUUUGCACUAUUGGUACUGUACUAAAAGAAAAAAUGUUUAAAUGGAUUGGGGAACAGUUUAGAACAUUCAUGAUACAGCACUGCCUCGUUUCAAAGUUUCCGCAGUUCAAGCUAUUACAUAAUGCCCACCUGACUCCAUACAAAUUGAUUCACCAGUGUCUGAUAUUUGUGGAAGCAGUUCCACUUUAGAUACUUAAUUUUGUAAAUAUAUUCACCCUGUCUGGUAAUAUCUACUAGAAAAGCUUAAAAGUGAGUGGAAUAAUGUGCUGCCAGGCACAUCCCAUACAAUGUAUUCAGAAGGAAGAUGAUCUAGUGAUAAACUUCUCUUGUCUAGAGAAACAUUUUGGCUAAACAUUGGACUAAAAGAGAUGAUGUCUCGCUUGGUUUGUCACUGCUGUAUAAAACUUUUAUAUUUCUCAUGGAAAUUCUCACAAAAGAUUCACUUGUGUAUAAUAAACUUAGUGGGCUGUUCUGAGCAUUGAAACAUACAGACCAAGGUGAUCUUAUUUCUGGUCAAUUACUGCCUGUGAUGCCAUCUCUUAUCAUACCCCAUGGGGAACUUUGAGCUUAAUGUGCAAGCUAUGUAUGUUGAAUUGGUAAUAUAUCUGUGGUUUACAAUCACUGUUUUAAUUAUUGUAUGUUAUUUUAUAUAUUAACUCUUUGAAAAUGGAUGCUUUAUACAGAUCUUGAUAACAAUGGUGAUAUUCUGUCUCAUGAUUUAGUAACUGUUGGAAUGAUUUUGCCUUUGACCUUUAUCUGUUUUCCUGUAUGAAAAUGUUAAAUAAAAAUUACGAUGAUUAAAAA